AUGUCGAAGCUGGCUCCCGCGCUCAAGGAGCUCGUCAAUGCUCCUUUCUCCCGUCCAGGCCCUGCCAAGGCCCCAGCAGGCAUAGGAAAGCUGUACGAGAGGAUAGCAGGCGAGGCACAGGCCCAGAGCCUGGGCCCAAGACCGUGGAUCGUCUUAUCCGCCGCGGCAACCUUCACGCUCAACUCCCCCGACUCCCUUGCCAUCCUCCACAACGUCGCCUCCUCCUCGACCGCCCAGACUUACCGUGCCCUCCCGCCCGCCCCGGCGGCCGAGCUGAUUCGAGAGGUCGGCCUGAAGUGCAUCUCCUUCAACGGCAUCCCACGCUCCAUCAACUGCCUCGGUGCCUUCCGCGCCUCUCUACCGCAAGACGUCCAGUCCGCCCUCGAGACCAAGCCCUCCCGCGAGCUGACGCCGGCCAACCUGGCCCAGCGCAAGGCGACGGGCCUGGGACUGUGGACGUCCGUCUACGACCCCUUCGAGACGAAGCUGAUCGCCAAGCUGGCGGACAGCCACCCAGACCUGCCUGUGCACAUCCUGGGCAGCCACUACGCGCCGCUGCUGAGCAACCCGGAGGGCGUCAACAGGGGCGGGCUGGCGGACGUGGGCCGGGUGCUGACGAGCCUGGUGGCGAUUGCGUGUCUGCGCGCGCAGACGGGGGUGGGGCCGCAGGUGCUGAGCCAUGUGUUUGGCCUGCGCAAGGCGGUGGACCAGGGGUAUCAUGAGAGGGAGGCCGAGAGCCCUGAGGAGGCGCAGGGGCUGGCGUGGCUUUCUGGGGACGAGGGGAGCGAGUGGCUGCUGAAGAGUGUGGAUAGUAUUGUGGAAGCGGUGGGACAGAACUUUGCUAGCAAGUUGUAG